AUGCCAGGACAGCAGCAGCAGCAGCAGCCUGGCGGCGGUGAUGCAAUUGAUGGCGAGCAAGAUACGACGACCAGUUCCUGCUGCCCGCGCGUGGUGAGAAACCGGCGAAUCCAAGCAGCCAGCCAGGAGCAAGAGCUGCGGGGGCGGGCCCUUCGGAGGCGCCAGAGGGAGAAGGCGCUGCUGGGCCACCUGAUGGCGCUGCAGAGCGAGGUGCAGCUGGCGGCCCUCAAGUCCCAGCACAAGGUCAGCCGGUGCGUGAGCGAGCUGGCCAGCGCGUCCAGAGACCGGGGGAACGGGUGGCAAAGCAAGGGAGGACAGCCUAACCUCUUAAUUAUCAUGCUGCAUAGAGAAAAUGAUACUCUUGGAUUUAAUAUAACUGGAGGACAUCAUAGUCAGGAUGAUCAAUUGGAGUCAACAGAAGGGAUUUACAUAUCCAAAAUCCUGGUAAAUGGACCUGCUGACAAAACAGAUGGUUUGCAAAUUAAUGACAAAAUCAUACAGGUGAAUGGAAUGUCAAAAGAACUAAUGAAUUCCAAAGCAUUCUUUGACCCUACCAUUGCAUAGUAUAUAACUUAUUAAAGCAUUACAUACUG